AUGGCUCCGGUGGUUUGCAAAUGUGGCAAGUCCUUCAAGGCAGAGGCCGCAAUGCAGCAACACCAACGCGACUCUCCAAAACACGAGAAGCAACCAGAAAUCUCGAUCAGCCCGGUACUAGCAGCCCAGGUUGCGCUGACGACGGCCACCCCCACGACUGUCGUAUCCAAGACCGAAUCCGCCCUCCGUUGUUCUUGUGGCCAGUCUUUCAAGCAUAGUCAGGCCUUAGCACAACACAAGCGCGACUCUCCAAAACACCAGCAGCAGCUAGAGACUUCGACCGGCCCGGGACUGGCAGCCCACGUUACGCCGACUACGGCCAGCCCCACACCGGUCGUAUCCAAGACUGAAUCCGCCCUCCAUUGUUCUUGUGGCCAGUCUUUCAAGCAUCGUCACGCCUUAGAACAACACAAGCGCGACUCGCCAAAGCACAAGGGGGCGGAGCCUCAGCCACCAAAGAGCCAGGAUGGGGGUCCCGCGGCUAACAAAGCUACCUCUACACAAUCCGUUAUCACCCCUAUUACUUCAUUCUUGCUUGUCUGCAGCUGUGGCCAAGUAUUCAAAACACCAAACGCUAGGACUCAGCACCAACAAGACUCGCCAAAACACCAACAUGAACGGCCAGCUUCUAAGGCCACCGUCGAGUCUCAUGUCGUGAAGGAAGGAGAGUCACCCUCGGCGACAAAGAGCACGAAGAAGAAAGCGAGCUCGAAGAAGAACAAUACCAGACGUGGCCCUCCGUAUGGUUCGGGAUACAACCGGUGGGGCGUCGAUGGAAGUAGCUACAGCGGUCGGUAUCAGAGCGAGGGCGAAGACUAUGGACUUUGCGACAAAGACUGUGCGGACGGUGGGGGUAUGGGUGAGCCAGUUGUGGUGAUAUUGUGA